AUGGCGUCCUCUGGCACCUCAUCUCAGCCAACGGCAGUAUCUUCUCACACACUGGGGACUGAGAUCGUGGGCAGCACCACGGGAGUCACUCAAACCAACAGCGAGUUAAGCACAGCAACAUCACUUGUCUCAACAACCUCUCAGAUCCUUACAACCGCCAUUCCCAAAACAUCCACGGGUUCCACCUCAAUAGCUGCCCCAGUCCCUCUGAAAUCUGAGAAAGGGGUUCCCCUCUUCCUCUAUGGAUCACAUGUUGGAGAUCAGAAGUUUGUCAAGAGGACUGUGGACUUCACCUCGAUGCUCUUCAGACCCCAGAUUGGCUUCCCUCUUGGCUUCUCUCUCAGGGAUUUCCUCUAUUUCACAGAUAAUGGCCAGAUCAUUUUCCCAGAGUCAGAGAGCCAGAUUUUCUCCUACCCCAACCCUCCCCUCAGAGGUUUCACAGCUGAGGACCCUGUGGCCCUGGUGGCUCCAUUUUGGGAUGAUGCAGAUUUUUCCAGCCAACGGGGAACCAUAUUUUACCAGGAAUAUGAGACGCUCUAUGAUGAGCACUACACACUUGUCCAGCAGGUGGAAUCCUGGAUUAAAAAAUUCACAAACACCUUAUACUACAAAGCCAGGUGGACACUAAAGGUCACAUGGGUCAAUGCCCCUGCCUAUCCCGCUCAGCGGCCCAUUGGGACCAACACCUACCAGGCCAUCCUCUCCACAGAUGGAAGCAGAUCCUACGCCCUGUUUCUCUACCAAAGCGGGGGCAUGCGGUGGGAUGUGACCCAACACCCAGUCAACUCGGUUCUCAUGGGUUUCUCCAGUGGAGAUGGAUAUUUCCAAAACAGCCCCCUGAUGUUCCAACCAGUGUGGAAGAAGUAUCGUCCAGACCGAUUCCUGGAUUCCAGCUCAGGCCUUCAGGGACUGCAGUUCUAUAGGCUACAUGGGAAAGAAAUACCCAACUACCGACUCAGGUGCUUGCAGCAGUUGAAGAGAGAGCCUCAGUGGCCCACCUGGGGCUGGAACCAGAUCUCCUGUCCUUGCUCCUGGCAACAGGGACGUUGGGACUUACGAUUCCAGCCAAGAGGCUGGUGGGGCCUCCAAGGCAGGCAGCUGUGUAGCUUCUCUUCCUGGCGCGGGGGCGUGUGCUGCAGCUAUGGGCCCUGGGGAGAGCUUCUGCAAGGCUGGAGAGUGCAGAGCCCGUGGCAGCUUGAUCAAGAACUGGAGUUGCAGAACUGGUGCUGCAGCUGGAACGACAAGCCCUCCUUCUGUGCCCUGUACCAGAAACUGCGGCCACGUGUCACCUGUGCUGGGUACCGGCCCCUGCGGCCUGCCUGGAUGUUUGGGGAUCCCCACAUCACCACCUUCGAUGGCAGCAACUUCACUUUUAAUGGGCUGGGGGACUUCCUGCUGGUCCAGGCCCAAGGCAGAAACUCCUCCUUCCUGCUGCAAGGCCGCACAGCCCAGACCGGCUCCGCCCAGGCCACCAACUUCAUUGCCUUUGCUGCUCAAUACAACUCCAGCAACCUGGAGGACUCCAUAACGGUUCGAUGGCUCCUGGAGCCCAAUGACAAAAUCCUUGUGUUGCUCAACAACCAGACUGUGAGAUUCAAGACUAACCAGGAAGAUGCAGAAGGGCUGGAGAUAUUCAAUAGCACGGGAAUCACCAUGACCCACAAUGGUUCCCUGGUAUCAGCCAGUUUCGAUGGGACAACAACCAUCUCAGUGAUGGCUCUCUCCAACAUCCUCUAUGCCUCCUGCAGCCUCCCAGAGGAUUAUCAAAACCACACUGAGGGUCUUCUGGGGGUCUGGAAUAAGGAUCCAGAGGAUGACUUCAAGAUGCCCGAUGGCUCCAUCAUCCCCCGAAAGAGCUCUGAGGAAAUGCUUUUCCACUAUGGAAUGACCUGGACAAUCAAUGGGACAAGCCUCCUUGGCAAGAGGGAUGACCAUCUGCCUGCCAACUUCACCCCUGUCUUCUUUUCCCAACUGUGGGCAAAUACAUCCUUGAAUAAAAGUUUGGUUUCUGGGUGUAAAGAAGACAGAGCGUGCAUGUACGACACCCUGGCCACAGGAAGCAGAAGCACUGGCCUGCACACUGCCAUGCUCUUGAGAAGCUACCAGCUGAUGAACCUCACCAUCAAUCAGUCCCCGCCCUCUAUCGAUGGUCCCCAUGAGGUGGAAGCCUACUGGGGGCAGCCCAAGCUGGUUCAGUACACCAGCAGCUCUGAGGACCACACGUUCAUUCUCCGAAACGACUGUGCUGACUUCCAGCUAUUUGAAAACGGGACAUUGCUAUGGACACCAAACUUGCUGAAACCCUGUACUCCGGAGAUUCUAGUAAGAAAUCUCAAGAACGACUGGGCAUCUAUGCUCCAACCAAAGAUGGUGGUCUGCACUUGCAAGGCAGCGAGCCAAUGUUUAUACAACCAGACCAGCAGGAUAGGCAAUUCCUCCCUCGAGGAGGCUGACUGCAAGUGUGACGGAAACACAUUCGGCCCCAACUGCCAACAUACCAAGGACUUGUGUGAGGAGCCGUGCUUCCCUAAUGUGACGUGCACUCCAGGGGAGGGCUGUGAGGCCUGUCCUCUGAACAUGACUGGGGAUGGGCGCCACUGUACAGUUCUAGAGAGCCCUUUCGACUGUCACAACAAGUCCUGCCCUGAGAAUUUCUGCUACAACGAGGGCUACUGCUACAUCUCCCAGGCGCUAAACUGCCAACCCACCUGCACCUGCCUCCCAGCCUUCACAGACGCCCACUGCUUCUUGGCUGGAAACAAUUUCACUCCAAGCAUUGUUGAAGAGCUUCCUUUAAGAGUCAUCCGGCUCUUUCUCAUUGAGGAAGAAAAUGCCACCAAAGAAGAGGUCAACGCCUCGGUGGCCUACACACUGGGGAACCUGGACGUCCGGGCCUUUCUCCGGAACAGUGAAGUUGAAAAAACGUAAGUGGACAGCCCCCCCUGGCCCCCGACUCGUAUGGGGAGCUUUCAGCACUGGGCAGUCACCUCAGAAUUCCAGUACCGCCCUCGGGGCCCUGUCAUCCACUUCCUAAACCACCAGCUGCUGGAAGCUGUGGUGGAGGCCUUCUUGCUCCAGGACCGGUGGAAGAGAUGGAAGAGAAGCGAGGAGCCCAGGAACAACGUGAUCUUCUACCCCAUCUCCACUAGACAAGUAUUCAGUCUGGAGGCUUGGAAUGUGAGCUUUCUGGAGACUCGCUUGAGCUGCAAUGGUUACAAGGGUUACCACCUGCUCUACAGCCCCCAGGAUGGUUUUACCUGUGUGUCCCCGUGCAGUCAGGGCUACUGCGAGCAUGGAGGCCGGUGCCAGCACCUGAUCGAAGGGCCCGAGUGCAGCUGUGUGCCCUUCUCCAUCUACACCCCCUGGGGAGAGCGCUGUGAGCGGCUGAGCAUAAAACAUGGAGCCUUCUUCGGGAUCCUCUUUGGAGCCCUGGGGACCGUCUUGCUGCUGGGGACUGUGGUGUUUGUGGUCCUGCAUUACUGGGGCUGCCCCAGGACCCGGUACUCCUACCCCCUGGACAUGGCAAGUUGAGGCCUCCCCACCAAGGGGCAGUUGUGGCCUGAGAUACCUCAAGACCCACCCUAAACUUACCCACACACGUCUAGGCAUUGCUUUGGAGAGACUGGAAAAGAGAAAGUGACUGAAGGCGAAUCAGGAUUUUUCAAGUUUGAAUAAUGGGAGUGAAUAAUAAAAGGGCAAGAACAUACCUUGUCAGUAGACACUGGGGCAGAGAGGAUAAGGCCAUAAAGACCUAUAGCUUAAAUGGGUGGAUUCUUACACAGACAUUGUGUAAGAAUGGACAUUGACCCACACACAACACAAAUACACACACACCAGA